CUCGACAACCUUGUAUGUAGGUCACUUGAUCUAGCUAGUAUAUCUUGGACCAUAGACCUACUUCAAGCAAACAGCUGACCCUCUAUUCAGCGACAGGCCCACACAGCAGACAAUACGAUCUGAAUGUUUCAACACACGUCCGGGAAGUAUUCUGAGCUAUGAGUUUGGCACACCUGAUCCUCUGAACCAGAUUCCACCACCAUGGACACCUGUAGCACCAUUGACAGCACAGAGACGUUGCCUCUCUUGAAACCGGAACGACCACAGCUUCUACCGUUAUGGAAACGUCUGUUAUAUCUAACGUGGGUGUUCUUCGAAUGCCUGGUGUUUUGUGGUGUCAUGUAUGGCUGGGCUUCCCUGGUGUAUGUUCUGAAAUAUGAGGAGGUCUAUGCUGAUUUGUGUGAGACCGAUCCCGACAAGACUUCAGGACACGGAGAAGUCAAUGAUUCCUGGAUUUUCCAAGAUGGCGGCGGUCAGGACACAGAUGUCGUCUGCCACGCUCAGGACGAACAUUUUGACCUUGUGUUCACUAUCGCCUCCAGUGCUAGUGCGCUCUCGUCACUCUUCACAGGAAAUAUCAACUUUAAAUAUGGAACUCGUGUGACCAGGAUAUUGUCCAUAGCUCUGUUUUUGGCUGGAUCCCUCUUGCUGGCAUUCGAGAGCAAAGAAUUGCCGUGGCUGGUCUUCCCAGGGCUAACGCUGCUUGGUAUAGGAGGCAUACCUCUGUUGGUGACCAGUACACAGAUUUCCAACCUGUUUCCGAAGCAUACUUCUGCGGUUAUUGGUCUUCUCAACGGAGCCUUUGAUGCCUCGGCCGGCGUCCUGCUGGUUAUCAAGAUAGCGUUUGACAAUGGCAUCUCCCGCAAGAACUCCUUUCUGUUCCUGGCCGGCCUCAACGUCACCGUUCUCGCCAGCACCUUCAUCAUCUACCCCCGCUGGUUCAUCAAGAAACACAAACCCCCGGUGAAAGGCAACCCCGACGACGAGGUGAACGCCAACCAGGAGCAGGAGAGGGAGCUGAGUAUUGAAGCCUCCCAGAGCCAGACCAGCAUCAUGCAGUCCAUCCUCACCCCCUUCUUCAUCUUCCACCUGGUCUGGUUCUGCACCCUCUUCCUCCACUUCACCUACUUCGUCUCGUCACUCAACUCCUGGCUCAACUACGUGCUGGACAGGGACAGAGAGAAAGUGAGUUACUACACCAACGUCCACCUCUACUCCCUGAUGCCCGCCAUCGUCGUGGCCUGGUUAGCGGGACUCGUCUUCGACGGCGCGAAGAGGUUCUACCGAGACGAUCUGAGGCCACUUCGAGGAAAGAUACGGGCAUCGGUAGUACCCCUGACGAUGACGUCGCUAAGUGCUGUGCUCGUGUCGGUACUGAUGCUGUGUCCAGAUGAGAAUGUGUUGUAUGUGACGUUCCUUGCAGUCAUGGUGUUUAGGGCGUUCCUGUACGCCACGGCAUCGUCAUUCCUCAUUGCCGUAUUUCCACUUGAACAGUUCGGAAUCCUGUACAGCGCCUCUCUGAUCAGCGCAGGCGCACUGGCCUUCCUUCAGUAUGCCUUGUUUAUGUGGAGCCAGCACAGUGGCUUCGACACGGUGAACGAGUUCCUGGCUGGAAUGGCGGCGUUUACCUUGGUGCAUCCCCUCUAUCAAUAUGUCUCGUGUGCCCGUACCUCACGUUCAAGGAGACACUACGAAAAAGUUUUCUGAGGACAAAAAUCCGUAAAACAA